CCAGCACAAUAAUAUAAAACAAAACAAAACCAAAAAAAUCCCACCAAUAACAACACUUGAUAGAUACGUUUGUUUGCAUUCAUUGCUUUCUUUAUAGACAAGGGGGUUGAAUCUCAGAAGCUAGCAUAGUUUAGCUUCUAGUGAGGAAGUAGCUGUGAAUAUGCACAGUGAGCCAGGUGGGACAGUGCCUAGCCUGAGGCUAGACACUGGGUGUUCGUUCAGUACCUGGGAAUGCUGGCUGUGGCUGCUAAUCAAAGAACUGCCUUGUUCUCAGACCUCAGCACAGGAAAUUCCAGGGUUGUUUUCUAUAACGGCUUCUCUAGCUCAGUCUCUGGAGGGUCUAGGUACCUAAAAUGACUUGAAGAUGGAAUCAGAUAGUCCAGCCUGCCUCUCUGGGUCUCUGGUUAUCCAAGGGGUGGCUGCUACUUGGAGUCUCCUGGAUUGCUUUGGGCUCAAGUGGGCAUUUUCUUUGGCCCAUAGCCCGUACCCUCUCUCUAAAAUGGUACUGGCUGGAGAACAACCUUGGGGAGUGGGUGGGGGUGAAAUUUGGUUUGGGGCGGAGACAGGAUCGAGAACACAGGUUUCCUUGAUAUUCAGCCUGGAGGGAGGGCAAAAGGAGCCCAGAGACCCUGUUCUUCACUUGGUCAUCCUCAGUCCAUGAUGGUUUGGUCCCCAGUGCUCCUUGGCAUCGUCGUCUUGUCUGUUUUUUCAGGGCCUAGCAGGGCUGAUCGAGCCAUGCCCAAGCUGGCUGACCGGAAGCUGUGUGCGGAUGAGGAAUGCAGCCAUCCUAUCUCCAUGGCUGUGGCCCUUCAGGACUACGUGGCCCCUGAUUGCCGCUUCUUGAAUAUAUACAGGGGUCAAGUGGUGUAUGUCUUCUCCAAGUUGAAGGGCCGUGGGCGGCUUUUCUGGGGAGGCAGUGUUCAGGGAGAUUACUAUGGAGAUCUGGCAGCCCGCCUGGGCUAUUUCCCCAGUAGCAUUGUCCGGGAGGACCUGACUCUGAAACCUGGCAAAAUUGAUGUGAAGACAGAUGUGAGUGCUUUGGGGUGGAGAUGGAAGUAGGAGAUGGUUCCUUUAUUUUCUUACCUGUUUAUGAGAAUUAUUUUUCUUGUUGGCAUGUACCCAGGCUGUCCUCAACCACUAGCCUCCAGUUUCAGCCUCCUGAAGGCUGCUGAGUUUAUAGGCCCUGCCCAAUGCUGAGUGAUUUCUAAUUGGGAAAUGGCAGAGGGUACAGGACUCGAAGCUAAUGUCUUCAUUUCUGGGUGGUCAAACCUAGUCCUUGCAGGUAUAACUUUGUUAGAACCACUAGAUGCAUUGCAGUGUGAUCACUGGUUGGUUUUCUAUCUACUCUUUUUCAGCAAUGGGAUUUCUACUGCCAGUGAGCUCAGCCUACCGUUAUCCCUGCAGUUACCCUUCCGGCUCUAUGCAAAUACAGCAGCCAACUGCAAACUGUUUGUCUCUUUGGUUUUUGGGCUUGGGUGGGUAUGUACAAAGAAUGGGUCACAGGUUUCUUAAUAUAGCCAAUUAAUGCUCUGAAUGUUGUAACGUCAGUGGUUACUAGGCAGAAUUUCACUUUGCAAGCCCUUUGCUCCAAGGUAAGGUUUGGGACCCCCAAGCAAGGGAAUAAACAGUACAAUAUAUGUACACUUUCCUCCCUCUAGAAGGGAAGUGAA